AUGAAGUUGUUCGGCUUCGGGAGCCGCAGGGGCCAGAAGGUCCUGGGCUCCACAGACCACGUCUACACGGGUUCAGGGUACCGAAUCCGGGACUCCGAACUGCAGAAGAUCCACAGGGCGGCUGUCAAGGGCGACGCCGUGAAAGUGGAGGGCUGCCUGGCGCGCAGGAGCGGAGACCUGGAUGCCUUGGACAAACAGCACAGAGCUGCUCUACAUUUGGCCUGUGCCAGUGGCCAUGCGAAAGUGGUAACUCUCCUGAUUAACAGAAAGUGCCAGAUUGAUAUCUGUGACAAAGAAAACAGGACACCUUUGAUACAGGCUGUCCAUUGCCAGGAAGAGCCUUGUGCCGUUAUUUUGCUGGAACAUGGUGCCAAUCCAAACCUUAAGGAUAUCUAUGGCAACACUGCUCUCCAUUAUGCUGUGUACAAGGAGAGCACCUCACUGGCAGAAAAACUGCUUUCCCAUGGUGCAAAUAUUGAAGCACUGGAUAAGGACAAUAAUACUCCACUUUUAUUCGCUAUUAUUUGCAAGAAAGAGAAAAUGGUGGAAUUUCUAUUGAAAAACAAAGCAAGCGUACAUGCCAUUGAUAGGCUGAGACGAACAGCCCUCAUGCUUGCUGUGUACUGUGACUCACCAGCUAUUGUCAACAUCCUUCUUAAGCAAAAUAUUAAUGUCUUCACUCAAGACACGCAUGGAAAAGAUGCAGAAGAUUAUGCUAUUUCUCGUCAUUUGACAAAAAUUCAACAACAAAUUUUGGAACAUAAAAAGAAGAUACUUAAAAAUGACAAACCGGAUGUUGGAAGUUCUGAUGAAUCUGCAGUCAGCAUUUUCCAUGAACUGUGUGUGCAUUCGUUGCCUACAUCAGAUGACGAAGACAUGAGCAUUGCUACUAAGAAGUGUGUCCCCAAGGAUGUGUCACAGCCUUUACCUGGGCCUUCCCAUGAAAAAGGCAACAGAAUAGUCAAUGGAAAAGGAGAAGGGUCUUUUGCACAACAUCCUUCCUUGAAGUCUAGCACUAAAAUUGAAGAUCCUGCUGUGAAAGGGGCAGUACAAAGAAAGAAAGUACAGACCUUGAGAGAAGAACAAGCCUUACUAGUGGCUUCAGAGGAAGAGCAAGAAAGGCAUGAAAGAAGUGAAAAGAAGCAACCACAGGUCAAAGGAGGAAAUAAUACAAACAAAAGUGAAAAAAUACAAGUAUCAGAAAAUCUAUGUGAUCGCAUAUCUGCUGCUGCUGCUGACAGAUUACCCCAACAAAGAAAGACUUGGGAAAUGCAUCCUCAGCAGUUUCCCAAGAAGCUGAAGGAAGAGCGUGAUAGAUGCACCUUAAAACAGGAAAAUGAAGAAAAAGCAAAUGUUAAUAUGCUGCACAAAAAACAUAGAGAAGAAUUAGAAAGGAAAGAGAAACAAGAUAAGAAAGAAGUUGAAGCAAAACAACUUGAACCGACUGUUCAGUCACUAGAGAUGAAACCAAACACUGCAAGAAAUACUCCAAAUCAGGAUUUUCAUAAUCAUGAAGAAACAAAAGAUCUGAUGGAUGAAAAUUACAUUUUGAAGACAGAUAUUGCUAUACUCAGGCAGGAAAUAUGCACAAUGAAAAAUGACAACUUGGAAAAAGAAAAUGAAUAUCUUAAGGACAUUAAAAUUGUUAAAGAAAGAAAUGCUGCCCUGGAAAAGAGUAUAAAACUCAAUGAGGAAAUAACAAAAACAGCAUUCCAGGAUCAACAAGAGCUUAAUGAUCUCGAAGCUGAGAAUAAAAGGCUCAAUUCCGAACUGCUGAAGGAAAACGAAAGCAAGGCAAGACUGGAAGCUGAAAUUGAAUCUUAUCAGUCUAGACUGGCUGCUGUUAUAAGUAAGCACAGUGAAAGUGUGAAAACAGAAAGAAACCUAAAACUUGCCUUACAGAACACACAAGACAUUUCUGUGCAAGUAAAAAUGAGUUCUGAUCUUUCCGAAGUUGAAGAUAAGAAUGAGUUUCUUACUGAACAACUUUCCAAAACGCAAAUUAAAUGUAAUACCUUAAAAGAUAAGUUCCAUAAGACAGGAGAUACUCUCAGAAAAAAGUCAUUGGCUUUAGAAACUCUACAAAACGACCUAAGCCAAACCCAGCAGCAAAUAAAGGAAAUGAAAGCGAUGUAUCAAAAUGCAGAAGCUAAAGUGAGUAAUUCCACUGGAGAGUGGAACUGUGUGGAAGAAAGGAUAUGUCAACUCCAGCGUGAAAAUCUGUGGCUUGAACAGCAACUAGAUGAGGUUCAUCAGAAAGAGGAUCAUAAAGAGAUAGUAAUUAAUAUCCAAAGAGGUUCUAUUGAGAGUGGAAAGAAAGACCUCCUGCUAGAAGAGAAAACUAAGAAGCUAAUGAAUGACUAUGAUCGUUUAAAAGAAAGUCUCCUUCAAUAUGAGAGAGAGAAAGCAGAAAGAAAAGUAAGUAUCAACGAAGAGAAAUAUUUUCAAACUUCCAGAAAGAAAAUUUAA